AUGUAUAAUGCUCUUCCGCAAUGGGGCAAAAUCACAAAUCACCUCGGCCUAGAGCAGCACGGGUUUUCGGUCAAAAUCCUCGCCCAGGGAGAAGCCGCCGACCCGCAAGGAGAACUUCCUCACGCUCAACUGCAAGAUGAGCUUCAGUCCCGACGUCCGACACACCGACCUGGAGGUGUUGUCCAACUCCAAGGGCAAAAGGUUCAAAAAGCUCAGCUACGAGAUGGAAAUGAUACCCUGGGGCGCCUCGCCUCAGUUUGUGCUUUGAGUCAACGGCAGGUAUCAAGCAGGGUUCGCACAACGUCCACAUCACAUACGAUAGGCAGUGCCUACGAUGGCGGCCCUGCACGGUCGUCAAAGCUUCCUGAGAAGCCCCGACAAGGGCUUACCCUUGGAACAACAAAGUACCGCGUUGAUGCCAUCAAGAAGGACCUUGGGAAUGAUCAAGCAUGGUCUGUCAUCGACGGCCUAGUGCCACACAGGUUUGACCGAAAGGGUUUGAUAAGCUAG